AUGGCUACCGCACCGGUUCUCGACAGCGCCGCCCACAAGGAGGCCUUUGCGGAAGUCUUUGACGACGAUGCCCCGCCCAAGGAGGGCGCCUCCAUCCAGCGCAUCCGCGCCAACUCCAGCAUCAUGAAGCUGCGGAAGCUGCUGGUCGCCAACCGUGGCGAGAUUCCUAUCCGUGCCCACGAGCUGUCUCUCCACACCGUGGCCGUCUACAGUUACGAGGAUCGCCUGAGCAUGCACAGACAGAAGGCCGAUGAGGCGUAUGUCAUUGGCAAGCGCGGCCAGUACACCCCCGUCGGAGCGUACCUGGCCGGCGACGAGAUCAUCAAGAUUGCCGUUCAGCACGACGUCCAGAUGAUCCACCCCGGCUACGGUUUCCUGUCUGAGAAUGCCGAAUUCGCCCGCAAUGUCGAGAAAGCCGGCCUUAUCUUCGUCGGCCCGAGCCCCGACGUCAUUGACGCCCUUGGCGACAAGGUGUCUGCUCGCAAGCUCGCCAUCGCCGCCAACGUCCCCGUCGUCCCCGGUACCGAGGGCGCCAUCGCGACGUUCGAGGAGGCCAAGACCUUCACUGACGAGUACGGCUUCCCCAUCAUCAUCAAGGCUGCCUACGGCGGUGGCGGCCGCGGCAUGCGUGUCGUUCGCGAGCAGAGCGAGCUCCAGGAGGCCUUUGAGCGUGCCACGUCCGAGGCCAAGUCCGCCUUUGGCAACGGCACCUGCUUCGUCGAGCGCUUCCUCGACAAGCCCAAGCACAUUGAGGUCCAGCUGCUCGGUGACAACCACGGCAACAUGGUCCACCUCUACGAGCGCGACUGCUCCGUCCAGCGCCGCCACCAAAAGGUCGUCGAGAUCGCCCCCGCCAAGGACCUGCCCGCCGAGACCCGCGACGCCCUCCUGGCCGAUGCCGUCCGCCUCGCCAAGUCCGUCAACUACCGCAACGCCGGCACCGCCGAGUUCCUCGUCGACCAGCAGAACCGCUACUACUUCAUCGAGAUCAACCCCCGCAUCCAGGUCGAGCACACCAUCACCGAGGAGAUUACCGGCAUCGACAUUGUCGCCGCCCAGAUCCAGAUCGCCGCCGGCGCCACGCUCGAGCAGCUCGGCCUCACCCAGGACCGCAUCUCCACCCGCGGCUUCGCCAUCCAGUGCCGUCUCACCACAGAGGACCCGGCCAAGGGUUUCCAGCCCGACACCGGCAAGAUCGAGGUCUACCGCUCGGCUGGCGGUAACGGUGUGCGUCUCGACGGUGGCAACGGCUUCGCCGGUGCUGUCAUUACGCCUUUCUAUGAUAGCCUCUUAACCAAAUUAAUUUGCCACGGGUCUACGUACGAGAUUGCGCGCCGCAAGAUCCUGCGUGCGCUCGUCGAGUUCCGUAUCCGCGGCGUCAAGACCAACAUCCCCUUCCUGGCUUCGCUCCUUACGCACCCGAAGUUCAUUGAUGGCAACUGCUGGACGACCUUCAUCGAUGAUACUCCUGCGCUGUUCGACCUGGUCGGAAGCCAGAACCGUGCCCAGAAGCUCCUGCAGUACCUCGGCGACCUGGCCGUCAACGGCAGCAGCAUCAAGGGCCAGGUCGGCGAGCCCAAGCUCAAGUCGGAGAUCAUCCAGCCAACGCUGCUUGACGACGCCGGAAACGCCAUCGACGUGUCGCAGCCUUGCACCAAGGGUUGGCGCCAGAUCAUUGUCGAGCAGGGCCCCAAGGCCUUCGCCGAGGCCGUCCGCGCCAACAAGGGCUGUCUGAUCAUGGAUACUACCUGGCGCGACGCCCACCAGUCGCUGCUGGCCACGCGCGUGCGCACCGUCGACCUGCUCAACAUUGCCAGGGAGACCAGCCACGCGCUGCACAACCUGUACAGUCUGGAGUGCUGGGGCGGCGCCACCUUUGACGUUGCCAUGCGCUUCCUGUACGAGGAUCCCUGGGACCGCCUGCGCGCCAUGCGCAAGCUGAUCCCCAACAUUCCUUUCCAGAUGCUGCUGCGCGGCGCCAACGGCGUCGCCUACUCGUCGCUGCCCGACAACGCCAUUGAGCACUUUGUCGAGCACGCCAAAAAGAAUGGCGUCGACGUCUUCCGUGUCUUUGACGCGCUCAACGACGUCGACCAGCUCGAGGUCGGCAUCAAGGCUGUGCACAAGGCCGGUGGUGUCGUCGAGGGUACCGUGUGUAUCUCGGGCGACAUGCUCAACCCCAGCAAGAAGUACAACCUGCAGUACUACCUGGCGCUCGUCGACAAGCUCGUCAAGCUCGACAUCCACGUCCUGGGCAUCAAGGACAUGGCGGGUGUGCUCAAGCCCCAGGCCGCCCGUCAGCUGAUCGGCUCCAUCCGCAAGAACUACCCCGACCUGCCCAUCCACGUGCACACCCACGACUCGGCCGGCACCGGUGUCGCCUCCAUGGUGGCCUGCGCCGAGGCUGGCGCCGACGCCGUCGACGCUGCCUCCGACAGCCUGUCGGGCAUGACGUCGCAGCCCAGCAUCAACGCCAUCCUGGCGUCGCUCGAGGGCACCGGCCUGGAGCCCGGCCUCAACGUGCACCACGUGCGCGCGCUCGACACCUACUGGGCCCAGCUGCGCCUGCUGUACUCGCCCUUCGAGGCGCACCUGGCCGGCCCCGACCCGGAGGUCUACGAGCACGAGAUCCCCGGCGGCCAGCUGACCAACAUGAUGUUCCAGGCGUCGCAGCUCGGCCUCGGCUCCCAGUGGGCCGAGACCAAGAAGGCUUACGAGCACGCCAACGAGCUGCUCGGCGACAUUGUCAAGGUCACGCCCACGUCCAAGGUGGUGGGCGACCUGGCCCAGUUCAUGGUCUCCAACAAGCUCGGGCCCGAGGACGUCAAGGCCCGUGCCUCGGAGCUCGACUUCCCCGGCUCGGUCCUCGAGUUCUUUGAGGGCCUCAUGGGCCAGCCGUACGGCGGCUUCCCCGAGCCGCUGCGCACGGACGCCCUGCGCGGCCGCCGCAAGCUCGAGAAGCGCCCCGGCCUGUACCUGGAGCCGGUGGACUUUGCCAAGGUGCGCAAGGACCUCGGCAAGAAGUACGGCCCCGUCUCGGAGACGGACGUGGCCUCGUGGGUCAUGUACCCCAAGGUCUUUGAGGACUACAAGAAGUUCACCGACAAGUACGGCGACCUGUCGGUGCUGCCGACCAAGUACUUCUUGUCCAAGCCCAGCAUUGGCGAGGAGUUCCACGUCGAGCUCGAGCGCGGCAAGGUGCUGAUCCUCAAGCUCCUGGCCAUUGGCCCCCUGUCUGAGAACACGGGCCAGCGCGAGGUCUUUUACGAGAUGAACGGCGAGGUGCGCCAGGUCACCAUUGACGACAAGCAGGCCUCGGUCGAAAACGUCAGCCGGCCCAAGGCCGACCCCACGGACUCGAGCCAGGUCGGCGCCCCCAUGGCCGGCGUGCUGGUCGAGCUGCGCGUCAAGGAGGGCUCCGAGGUCAAGAAGGGCGACCCGCUCGCCGUCCUCAGCGCCAUGAAGAUGGAAAUGGUCAUCUCUGCGCCGCACAACGGUGCCGUUGCUGGUCUGGUCGUCAAGGAGGGCGACUCCGUCGACGGCUCCGACCUAGUCUGCCGGAUAACCAAGGCGUAA